AUGGCUGCGCCUACUCGCGGCCCUAAUUUCGGCCAUCUUUUGAAAACCGGCCAAUACUCUGACUUGACUUUAGUCUGCGGCGGUAAAGAGUUCAAUGUUCACAAGAUGGUGGUAUGUUCGCAGUCCGAAGUUCUUGCCACGGCGAUCCGAGAGCCUUUCCAAGAAUCGAAGACGGGAACUAUAAGUGUAGAAGAAUUUGACGCAGUCACUGUCGAUAAGAUGCUGGAGUUCCUGUAUACGGGGGACUACGGCUCGCUAACCGCCCCCGGCUCGCUAGUUGGCCAGGUUGGGGAGACGGAUGAGCCUUUGGCUAGCCCUGCAGCGGUAGAGCAAGAUGACCUAUUACAGCACGUACGUCUGAAUUCGAUUGCCGAUUACUACGACAUUAAACCGCUCGCCGAACUCAGCAAGGCGAAGCUUCGACUCGCAUCACAAAAUACAUUGAAUGAACCGGUAUUGCUGAAUGUGGCGCAAGAAGCGCUGAACAGAACUGGAGACACAACGCUGCAUACUAUGCUAGCUGAGGCGAUUGGCACGAACAUUAGAAAAUUCCUGGAAACUAAACAGCUGGCUGAGAUAGUGGGUGGCUUCGGCGUUGAAAUUCUCCGAACAGUUGUUGCUAGGCAAGGUGAGCUGCAACGGAAGAUGAUAGAGCUUCAAUUUCAGCUGGCUCGCCUACGGGUUGUCGAAAAAAGGUCAGCUCAAAUCGUGGAAAACAUCAACAGCUGCAUGCGAACGUUGGGCGAAAGGAGGGAAUGCCGAAACUCCAGCUGCCGGGCCGACUUUGAAUGCUACAUCGAACAGCGCGGCCAGCCCUAUGAGCCCUUGUGGACUGUAUGCCAAAGGGCUAGGGUGUCUGCUGUUGCCAACUAUAACACUAGGGCUGGACUUGGGUAG